AUGACCAUGUCACCGGAACAAAUGAACAUCGUCUUUGGCAUACUCAUAGUUGGAGCACUCAUAAUUGCCUUCACAUUCUUCAGCUUCACCAUGCUUGGAUGGUGUAGUCACACUAGUGACAUGCCGGCACCACCGGGAAUAUAUUUGGACAACAAGUUCUCCGGCUGCGGCGGCGCGAGCUUGGAGUCGCACUCCAUUACCUUCCAGUACAAGGUAGGUGGUUCUGUAGAUGGAAGGAACCAAACAGAGUGUGUUAUAUGCUUGGCGCAGUUCGAAGAAGAAGAGAGUGUUCGGAAGCUUCACAGUUGCAAGCACGUAUUCCACACAUGUUGCAUUGAUAGGUGGCUUGGCUCUCAUACCGGCUGCCCCUUGUGCCGGAGUCAGAUCGACCAAGCCGCCGCUUCCCCAAAUGGAAAUAACCAUAUCAUCUUGGUUUCUGUUGAUUCCUGA